AUGGGUAAAGCUAAAAAGACCAGAAAGUUCGCUGCAACUAAGCGUAUCAUCACAAAUAAAGAUCAAAGAAUGUAUAAGCAAACACCAAAGAAAGAUGAUCCCGAACUAGCAAGACAUGUCCCUCAAGUUUCAAGUGCAUUGUUCUUUCAAUUUAACGAGGCCAUCAAACCACCUUAUCAAGUGCUUAUAGAUACCAAUUUCAUAAAUUUUUCCAUUCAAAAGAAAAUAGAUAUUGUUAGAGGUAUGAUGGACUCUUUGUAUGCCAAAUGUAUUCCAUUAAUUACAGAUUGUGUUAUGGCAGAAUUGGAAAAAUUAGGUCCAAAAUAUCGUAUUGCGCUAAGAUUAGCAAAAGACCCAAGAAUACAAAGAUUGACAUGUUCACACAAAGGUACAUAUGCGGAUGACUGUCUUGUUCAAAGAGUUCUUGAUCAUAAAUGUUUUAUAGUAGCCACAAAUGAUGCUGAUUUAAAACGUCGUAUAAGAAAAGUCCCAGGUAUCCCUAUCAUGAGUGUCGGUUCGCACUCUUAUGUUAUUGAAAGAUUACCAGAUGUGUUUUAG